CAAAUCUAUGAGAUAAGAUUCAUAGCCAAAAAAAACCACACUCAUAUUCUUUAUGCAAUUUCAUAGACUAAGCUAAUAGUUUAUGUAAUAUUACAUUGAAUAAUUUGUUUCUAUAAUUCAACUUCACUUAGAUGAAUUGUAAGAUAAACUUCUCAAGUCCAUUAAUACCAUGCAAAUUUCAUACCAAGAAAAAAAAUCUUAUAAGAAGAAAAACUAUAAUCUUCUCUUCUUUUUCCUCAAGUGAAAAACAACAACAACAAAUUUCAACCAAUACAAUUGAUGAUAAGGCUUACACUAUCAAUUUCAAGACAAAAAAAGCAUGCAAGCUUGGAAUUUCAAGAUAUCCCGAUUUUGAAUAUGAUGCCGAAGGAGGAAGAGGAAAUGGUUAUGGUUCAAAGAUAACACAAAAUAAUCAAGAUAACAAUGAACUUGUUGUUUUGUUUGAUGUUGAAACAUUGUAUAUUCCAUCAUUGACUAGCUCUACAACAAAGUUUCUUGGAUUCCCUUUGCCACCAUUUUUGAAGAUUGAUAUUGUUCCAGAAAGUUUCCAAGGAAGUAUUAAUCAAGAAUCUGGCAAGGUUGAUCUUGAGUUUAAGGCCAAGUUCUUGUUUUCUGCUGGUAGUAUCUAUAAAGCUCCACCAUUGGUUGUGAAGACAGUGUUGACAUCAGAAGAAUCAAAGGGGACUAUGAAGAGUGGAAGAGGCAUGAGAUUGGAUAAAGAGGGAAAAUGCAGACUAGUUGGUGUGGCAACAGUUGAUCCUAUUGAUGAUUUUCUUAUGAAUUCCUUCCUUGGCCUACCAACUGAGUGUCUUGCUGAAUUAAAUGCUGUAAUCUCUAUUCCUUCUUCAUCAUAGGAGUUAAAAUCUCAUUACAAAACUACAUAUAGAACUCCAUAAUAUUUAUUUUAAAACAAUGUGCAGUCAAAGAUACUAAAAGAUAAUAAAAAACAUAACAGAUUAAUGAGAUAUACUAUCAUAGGAAUGGAUUUGAUUUUGUGCAUUGUCGGCUGUCA